GGUAGUUGAAUGCGAAAACAACAAAACUGCUUUGGAAUUCUCCGUGCAUUUAAUGGGGGAUAUUAUAUAGCUUCAGGAAAUGCGGUACUGACUAUAAGAAGCGAAAAUGGGUAAGCCUCAUCGGAUCAUGGUCGUAGGGGCGAAGAACGUGGGGAAAACGUCACUGAUUCACGAACUGUUAUAUUGCUCAAUUUCAGAAGACAAGCAAAAUAGCUCUGAGCACUGCCGCAGUCCUGAAGACUUCUACGAAAUGAUCUUCGAGUUGACCCCUGACCCCGCGACCCAAACUACAAACCUUAAUUACAACAACCAAUCAAACAACAACAACAAUAGUAGUAUCAAAUCUCCUUCAUCAGCUAACACUGCACAUAUCAAAGACAAUGUUCGUCUUAUUGACACGGAGGGCAUUCGAGGAGGCGCAGCUGAAUUGCCGAAGUAUUUCAUGGCGAGAACGAACAACAGUAGCAGCAGUAAUUCGGAUUUUGUAAAUAUAGACGGUGUAAUUAUUCUGUACAGUUUAUACAACUACAAUUCAUUCCAGCUGGCCACAAGCCUGUACGCAGAAUUUUAUCGAAAGAAAGACUCAAAAAAUGUAUUCCCUCUGAUGCUCCUGGGCAUGGAUUGGGACUACAGUGAUGACUCAUCCUCCUCGCCACUAACGCCACGAGCAAACGAUGACGUCAUAGUAUCACAGCAGUCACGUGACAGUAGUGGCGAGUUUAAGGACGCGAUGAAAAAGAGGGCGAGGCAAGUGUCCCCAUCAGACAUAUCGAGCUGGGUCAACAAGAGUAAACUGUUUUCGUCUUCGAGUACAAACAAUACCCUAUCGCAUUUCGAAGUGUGUCUUCAUAAUAGAGACCACCUUUUGAGUUGCUUCACUCAUUUCAUAUCAAAGUUCCACACAAAUACUAAAACUGGUUUUGUUCUGCCCGGCUUCAGGAAAAAGUAAUUAUCACUUAUGGUUUGACUAGCAUACAAUUGAGGCCAUAGUUCUUUUGAUUUUUCUAUUAUAAAAGUAUUCUGAUGAUAGAAAACUUGGCGAAAAAACUUGAAGGGAUAUUUCAAACAAAUAGUUUUUUAACGUCGAUUGACGAAGAUUUGGAUGAAUGAGACCAAUGAGUGGCCCAUAUCUAUAGAUAAGCUAUUAACGUUAUUUGAAGCAUCAAAGCAAACACAAUUUAGAUACUAUUAUCAACUUUUAAGUUGCAUUGAAAUGGCUAAGAGUGUAACAAUGAAAAGGGCACAAUUUAUUAUUUAAAAAUUUAUCGAUAGCACAUAGAUGUUAUUUAGAAAUUGAAUUUCAUAUUUGUUUACAGGGGCGGAUCUAGGAUUUUCUCGAGGGGGGGGGCGGAUUUUCAAAAAAUUUUCCAAAAUUUUGACGACCUUUUUUUUUUUAGGUCGACCAAAUUGAUUUUUCGAGCUCUCCCAAAGCACUGUUUAAUUAGUUUUUUUGUCUAUUGUUCGUUAUAGUUGUACUAGAUGAU